ACAACAUGAGGACAGGCACAGGCGUGCGGGCCUGGGGGACCCUGGCAGAGGCAUGUGUUCUCUGUGCUGCCCUGGGCUGUCUGCAUUUGCCAGGCUCAAGAGGCAAUGCUCCAAGUUACCUUGGAGUGAAUGCGGACAACGGGAGCCUCGCUAAAAGCAGACAGGUGCGCAGUGUGAAUGUCACCCCGAUGCCCAUCGACUGUGCAAUGUCCAGCUGGUCCUCCUGGACUGCGUGUGACCCCUGCCAGAAGAAAAGGUACAGACAUGCCAACUUGCUGCGGCCUGCUCAGUUCCAUGGGGAGCCGUGCAACCUCCCUGACAAUGAAGUUGAAGACUGUGUCGCCCACAAGCCGUGUAGAAGCCAGGUGCGAUGCGAAGGCUUCGUGUGUGCGCACACAGGAAGGUGUGUGAACCGCAGGCUCCUUUGCAACGGGGACAAUGACUGUGGAGACGGAUCCGAUGAGGCCAACUGUAGGAGGGUCUAUCACAAAUGCCAGCAGGAGAUGGAGCAGUACUGGAUGAUUGGAACGCUGGCCAGCGGGAUAAACCUGUUCACCAACAGCUUUGAGGGCCCGGUUCUCGAUCACAGGUACUACGCCGGGGGUUGCUCCCCCCACUACAUCCUGGACACCAGGUUUAGGAAGCCCUACAAUGUGGAAAGCUACACCCCACGGACUCAAGGAAAAUAUGAAUUUGUAUUAACGGAAUAUGAAUCGUACUCGGAUUUUGAACACAACGUCGUACAGAAAGCAACGGGCAAGUCUAGUUUCAGAUUUGGCUUUAAAAUACCCGGUGUCUUUGAACUUGGCGUGAACGAGAAAAGCAAUGAAGGCAAGCACUAUAUCAGCAGAACCAAGCGAUUUUCUCACACUGAAAGCAAGUUUCUCCACGCCCGCGCUUCCCUGGAAGUGGCCCAUUACAAGCUGAAACCCAGAAACCUCAUGAUCCACUACGAAUUCCUUCAGCGGGUCAAGCGCCUGCCCCUGGAGUACAGCUAUGGGGAAUACCGCAACGUCCUCCGUGACUUUGGGACGCACUACAUCACCGAGGCUGUGCUUGGGGGCACUUACGAAUACACGCUCAUCAUGAACAAAGAGGCCAUGGAGAGGGAAGAUUACUCUCUUGAAAGCAUUUCUACCUGCGUCAAAGAAGGCUACCACCUUGGUGUCACCGUCAAGAAGGUCGACUUGUCACUGGGCGUGUCAAGAGAGAACUGCCUGAGCCUUCUGAAGGAAAUCAAAGACAGAAACAAGAGGAACACCAUUGUGGAGGACCUGGUGGUCCUCAUACGGGGCGGAGCAACUGAGCAUGUCACAGCUCUGGCAUACAAGGAGCUGCCAACGGCCGAACUGAUGCAAGAGUGGGGAGACGCCGUUCAGUACAGCCCAGCCAUCAUCAAACUCCAGGCCGAGCCCCUGUACGAGCUGGUGACGGCCACAGACUUCGCCUACUCCAGCACGGUGCGGCAAAACAUGAAGAGGGCCCUGGAGGAGUUCCAGGCAGAGGUCAGCUCCUGCGGCUGCCAACCCUGCCAAGGCAACGGAGUCCCCGUCCUCAAAGAGUCUCACUGCGACUGCAUCUGUCCUGCUGGCUUCCAAGGUCCAGCCUGUGAGGUCACCAACCGGAAAGAUGUGCCCAUCGACGGGAGGUGGAGCUGUUGGUCCAGCUGGUCCCCGUGCUCAGGGGGACAGAAAACAAGACAGCGGCAGUGCAGCCAUCCUGCCCCUCAGAACGGGGGCAGCCCCUGCUCAGGCUCCUCUUCAGAAACACUGGACUGCUAGAGGAGGAAGUCUGCCAGCCAUGGACACGUGCCACGCGGGCUCUGGCCGCACAGACUGUGCCAGGCUGACCACACACUCCC